CCGAACUGCAUCAUGUUCAACCCCCUCAUCACGAUGGUGUGGCUGGGCGUCGGGUACAUCGUCGGCCGCGUUGAUGUGGCCUGGUACGUUCUCGAAUUCUGCCGCGAGAUUGAUACGCUUCCACCUUCGCACAAGGGAUGGGUCGCGGGAUGCUUUGCUAUUCUGAUUGGUGUCUACAUCGUUGUGCUGUGUCCCCUCUCGGCAAUCGCGUCCCGAGAAGUCAAGAGCAGCGGACAUAAUCCUGCGAUCGUGCCGACGUCAUUCCGCAGCGAGAUUCGUCGUCGAGGAAGCUACAGCAUGAACUAUAUCAACGAUAUCAAGUCACACGUGCUCGCACGGUCCUAGUCCCGUCCUGGUACGACACUUGCUACGUCGGUACAUUCCAAAGAUGCAUGACGCAUGGAUCCGUGUGACUCCCUCAAGAAUCGCUUCUCAUCCCACCAGCAACGCCAACACGCAUGAUGAAGAGUCCACACUUUGCUACGAUGUCUUGUCAUUCAUAUAUGCGAUCAUUGCUAAAACCCCAUGUUGGAGGCAUCAAAUCGCUCCAUGGCGCCGGACACGGCAUCCAC